AUGGAGAGGGCCGCUCGGCGGAGCCCCAGUCCUGAAGACGAGGCCUUGCAUUUGGGGCAGAAGUGCAAAUCGCUGCAGGUCAGAGAAAAACAAGAUGUGGCUCUGCAGAGAAGACCAGAUGCCAGACUGUGGAGGUGCUGCCGGCUCCAGUGCUUGGCCGAGGAGCUGAGGGCUGCGUGGCGGGAGGCUCAGCACCGGCACGCCUACCUGUUAGCUGCGGGGGGACGACGCGCGGAGGACAGAGAGCCCGACCAGGACGAGCCCCCGCAGCAGGGAGCAGCGAGGCCCCCGAAGGCCAAGGAGAGGCACAAAGCAGCCCUCAGAGAAGAGAAGAGCCUCAAGGAAGAGCCGGGCUGGCACGCCUGGCACCCCAGGGCCUGGAGGGUGGCGGUGGGCACGGAGAAGCAGGGAGCUACAAAAGCCCCGGGCCAGGCGCACCCUCCCCCGAGCCCCCCUGAGAAGAGCAAGGGAAAGCGAGUGUCUUGGACCAAGACUGGGGGUGGCCGCUGUCCUGUCAACUCUCGGGGGAGCAGAAGGAUGGACCUGCUCUUGGCCCCUGCAGGGGAAAUCAAGCGUGUGGAGAAAAAAGAGACAGAAACCUCCCAGGAGGGGAGGAAGCAGCAGGAGAAGGGCACGGCUUGCUUGGUCCGGGGCUUGGCCCGCAGCCCUCGCAAUCUGAGUCCGGAGGGCAAACCGAGAGCCGGGCAGCGGCACUGGCUGGCCGACUGCGCCUGCAGAAGGGGAGCCCAGGCGCCCCAGUGCACAUGCGAUGACAAGAGCAAGUGGCAGAAAGAGCUGGAAUUGACCUUUGAAGAGCUGUUCCAUACAAACAGACAGCUGAAAAAACACCUGCGCUUGCACCUCGAACCGAGGCCCAGGGCGGCCCAGAACCCUGAUGAAGAACAGGCUGUCUCGGAGUCGCAAGAAGGCGGUAGCGAGAUCCCGAGAGAGAAGAAAGCAGCAGAUGCGGAAACGAUGCCCGCCGGGGAGUCCGGUAGCCCGGCAGGGGCGGAGGCCCACCGGACGGCGUCCACAACCAAUUUGGAAACGUUCCUGAGCAAGAUCGAGAACCGAAAAUACCGCCAGGCAGCCGGCCCCGCGUUUAGGAAUGAAAGCCAGACACCGUGUCCCGAGGCAGGGAUACUGAUCGACGAAGAGGACGCGCUCCCCUGCGGCACCGAGUGGGGACCGCAGUCCCCCAGGGCGGGGCUUCUCCAGCUCCACCCGCAGGACCAGGCAGGCAGGGCGGGCUCCACGGCCUCGAGGCAGAAGCAGGAGGCAGAGGCGGAGUGGAGGAGGCCACGGCAGCUGGAACUGCUGGAGCAGCCGGAACACCCGAAUAUGAGCUUGGAGAUCCACUACAUGGCCGAGUUAGAGAAGGAGAGGCGGGAGCGGAGAAGAGCCCGCCUCGCCCUUCUGAGGUCCUACCCCUCGCAAGGCCGGGACGCGAAAAGAGGACCUGGGCUCAGCGUCACCGAAGAGGACUGGCACAGUCAGAUGAUCUGUGACCUCCAGCAGCAGAUUUCAGAGCAAAGCAAGUUGCACAAGGAGUUUCUUGAAGAAGCCAGGAAACGCCUGCGCGAGUUUCAGGACGAGGGCGACGCGUGA